AUGGAAGUCAACAAUAACCAGGCGGAGGCCAGAUAUUAUGAAGAUAUAAGUUCAGAUGAGAGCAUGGAAGACAGAAGAGUGGUUCGAAAUGUUAGUGAAAAGAUGACUGAGGAUGUUAGUAGUGAUAGUCGUGAUUCAAAUAGUGAUGGCAGUGAUUCAGGAAGUGAUGAUAAAGAUUCAAGCAGUGAUGAUAAUGAUUCAAGCAGUGAUGAUAAUGAUUCAAGCAGUGAUGGUGGUGUUUCCAGAAGUGAGGAAUGUGUUUCAGUAGGUGAUGAAAAUGAGAUUGAUGAAGAGAAAAAAGAGAAAAAUGAUGGUGUGUGUGUAAAGGAUAAAGAAGAAAAGAGAGAAAAGGUAAGCUACGAAGAUGAGACAGAGAGUGGAAAUGAGGAAAUGGAAUUCGAAAUACAUGCGGACGAUCUUGAUGAAUUAUAUAGUAGGCUCUACCAGAGAGAUAUGAGUGAUGAAGAAGGAAAAGAGGAAGACAAAGUUGAAAAUAAUGGCAAGAAGCUGAAUGAAGAUGAUUGGUGUGAAAAUGAAACUGAUGAUAUAAUGAUUGCAGAUGAAACAGAGCAAGAUAUUGAUGACAACAUAGUGAUAAACAGAGACAUAAAAAGUGACUUUAAUGAUAAAGAAGAUAAAAUAGCUGAGAAUGAUUGUGAAGAAAGUGUUGAAAUGACUAAUGAAAAAAGUGAUGAAGAUAUUGUAGUAAAUGAUGAUGAAAUAUCCAGAGAAGAAUAUAUAGAGUCAGAUCCUGAUGACAUUCAAAUUUUAAAUGUAGACACGACUGAAAACAUUAAAAGAGUCGUAGUAAUGCAGUCAAUCACAGCUCAAACUGUUUAUACAUAUAGAAAUGAUGAGGUCAUACAUAUUGAAAGAUUUCUUAUCACCGAUGAAUGGUUUUAUUCAGAAAACUAA